AUGCUCGCAUACCCCUUCUCAGCGGCGCGAACCGCUUCAUCGCGAUUCGGCCCCGCUCUCGGUAGAUGGAGUGGAUGUGGACGAGGACUCGCUACGGUGUCUAGAGACGAUGGGCAGGACGGAAAGAAGAUGAGGAUGAUCCUGCUUGGCGCACCUGGUGCAGGGAAGGGAACGCUGAGUGACUGGCUACUCGAGCGGUACGAGAUCGAUACGAUCGUUGUUGGACAGCUCUUGCGGAACGAGAUCACGCGGGGGACACGGUUGGGACAGGUUGCUGAGCGGACGAUGAAGCAGGGUGCGCUGCUGCAAGACGAGCUCGUCCUCGAGGUCGUGCAGCCGGCGAUUGAGGCAAAGAAGGACAAGGACUGGAUCCUGGACGGUUUCCCUCGGAAGAAGUCGCAAGCGGUACUGCUAGAUGAGAUGCUCGGCAAGACGGGCGACGAACUCAACUUGGUCGCCUCGCUCAAGGUCCCGGAUCAGGUCAUCAUUGAGCGGAUAGAGGACCGGUUCAUUCACCUUCCGUCGGGAAGGACGUACAAUCUCAAGUUUAACCCGCCAAAGAUUGCUGGAAAGGACGACGUGACAGGCGAACCUCUCAGCCAGCGACCAGACGACGACCCCGCCAUCGUCCGCAAGCGACUCGAGUCGUUCCAUCACGAGAACGACCCGCUACUGGCGCACUACGACGGCGCGCUCGUCUCGUUUAGAGGCAAGACGAGCAAGGAGAUCUGGCCGCAUCUCAGCAAGGCGGUGGAGGAACGGUUCCCGAACCUGCCUCGACGGACAUCACCUCGCUCUCCUUGA